UGUACUGAAUUUUAAUACGAAUGUGCAAUGUAGGUAUAUUAAAUUUAUAAAAAUUCUUGCAACAUAAGAAAAGUUCCAGUUUAUUACAAUUAGGCGAAGCUUAAGCGUUUCCUUGAAACUUAGAAAAAAAACCUAGUUAUAAAAAAAAAGUAUUACCUACUUGAGAUUAAUUUAAAAAAAAGCAAAUCGGAUGCUAAGUAUCCUGUAGUAAAUUCUAAAAAAAUAUAGAAGAACAAAAUUUGUAUACGUUAAAAAAAAGGAUGACAAUUAUAUUGUUUCUAGUAGAUACUUCGGCAUCUAUGUGCCAAAAAGCCUACAUUAAUGGAGUUCAAAAAAAUUAUUUAGAUAUUGCUAAAAGUGCAGUGGAGAUAUUUUUAAAAUACCGACAGAGGACUCAAGACUGCCUAGGUGAUAGAUAUAUGCUUUUGACAUUUGAAGAUCCCCCAGCAAAUGUAAAAGCUGGAUGGAAAGAAAAUCAUGCAACUUUUAUGAAUGAGUUAAAAAAUUUGCAAUGCAAUGGAUUAACAUCAAUGGGUGAGGCUUUAAAGAAUGCCUUGGACUUACUUAACCUUAAUAGAAUGCAGUCAGGGAUUGACACAUACGGUCAAGGUCGUUGCCCAUUUUAUUUAGAAUCAUCUGUAAUUAUAGCUAUAACUGACGGCGGCAAAUAUUCAUAUCGAAGUGGAGUUCAUCAAGAAAUGAUCCUUCCACUAAACUCACAAGUCCCUGGGACAAAAUUUACCAAAGAGCCUUUCAGAUGGGAUCAACGAUUUUUUGCACUAGUUUUGAGGAUGGGUGGCAGUAAAGGUGACGACAGAAUGGAAGGAAAAGUUCCGCAUGAUGACUCACACAUUGAAAGGAUGUGCGAAGUAACUGGGGGGCGGUCUUAUCGAAUAAAAUCGCACCAUAUUUUAAAUCAAUGCAUUGAAAGCCUAGUUCAAAAAAUUCAACCUGGUGUUGUUUUACAUUUUGAACCAUAUAUUCCAAAAGAGUUAAAAGACGGUGAAAUGCAGGAUAUAUCAUUUCAGGCUAUGAAGAAAAUGAUAUUUGUAAUGAAAAAUCCAACUCAAAAAGCAUAUCCUGUAGGCUACUGGCCUUUACCGGAAUCUUUUUGGCCUGAUUCAAAAUCUACAACUUUGCCACCACGUGACGCUCAUCCAAAAAUACGAGUGAUGUCUCCCUCUAUUGAUGAACCACAGAUUUUGCGAAAUUUUCCAGUUGACAAAUAUGAAAUGGAACCUUCUGCUCUCACUUUACAAAUAUUAUCUAAAAGAGAACCUAAUAAAUGUUGGCCUGUCUGUAUUUCGAACGGAUUGCAUGUACUGGAAGUUCCUUUUGGUUUCUUAAAAGCAAAUCAAAGCUUUACACAAGUUUAUUUAUUUGUUCUAGCGUAUAACUAUCCGCUACUGCUACCAUUACUAUACGAUCUGUUUCACAAAUUUCUUUUAAAUCCACCGAACGAGUGGAUGUAUAAAUUCAAUGCCUACGUAAGAUCACUUCCGCAGUAUUAUUGUCCUUUUCUACGUCGAGCUCUUGGGACUUUAAAUGUUCCUCCACCACUGUUGCAAUUUAUGCUACCCGAAAAUAUGGAUAACUUUUUAAGCCCUAAUGUAGCAAAUUAUUUAAAACAAAUGAAAAAUACUGCAAAACAAGAUCAAGAAAAUUUAUGUUUACGGGUGUAUAAAAUUUUAAAACAAAUUAAACCACCUUAUAGACAAAUAGAAACAACUAAACUUAAUGUGAACAAUAAUCUACGACGAGAUCCUAUAAGAAAUCCAAUGCUGAAAGAAACAUUUAACAAAGUACAUCAUGAAAUUGUAACUUUUGAUAAUUAUACCAUUGUAGUCCCUUCUUUAAUUCCUCAAAUAUCAGUUAAAAACUACCGCAAUCCAUUUGAUAUAGUUCGAAGAGAUUUAAUUGAUGAGGUUUCCAGAAUGAGUAGUAAUUUUAUCAAAGCCUUCAGUUCCGGGUUCAAUUUAACAACCAAAGACUCUGGACAUUGCUUGCCUAUUUCUGAAAUGGGAAACUACCAAGAAUAUCUUAAAAAUAAGGAAAGCCCAUUAAGAGAAAUCGAACCAACUAAUGUUCGGCAGCACAUGUUUGGAAAUCCUUACAAAAAAGAUAAACAUAUGGUUAUGGUAGACGAGGCUGAUUUGGGUGAAGUUGCGCCGGUGAAAACAAAUACAUCAAAUAUUUUGAUGAAAAAGAAUGAAUCGAAUGCACGUAUGAACAGAAAAAGGAAAGCUGGUCCCAUAAGAAAGGACUUCAUAUUUAGACGUUUAUCUGAUGACAGCAGUUCUGUAAAAACGAGUCCAUCUAGAUCCGAUGUCGAAGACGACAUUUCUGUUGCAUCAGACGAUUGGAAACCAGAUCUUUUCGAAUUUCAAGAACCGGAAGAUCUUCCCUUUAAUGGCAAUAGUUCAAAUUAUCUAAACUGCGAGCUUGAGAAGGAAGCAGAUGCUACCGAAUUAAAAUUAGGAAGCUAUCAAGUGGUGCCUAUUACAUUCAAUAACAAUUUCGCAAAUAUCCAAAAUAACAUUGCAGAAUCGUCCGUUUUUAGCAAUCCUUGUUUUGAUAACCAAGUUUCAGAACCAUUUAUAGUACAAAACAUUAAUUCCCAUAAUGAACUUAAUUCAAUUUCGACAAAUGCAAAUUUAAAUAACCGAAAUGAUUUAAAUGAUCCCGAAGAAAUUUCUAAAAUAUUGCAACAGUGUCGAAUAGAAUCUGUAGAUACUAAACUUGCUAAAAAGAUAGAUAUGCUACAAACAGACGAAAAUUCUGAAGCAGAUGUUAUUUCACCCGAGCAAUAUGAAAUUAUUAAAAAGCAAAAUUUGAAAACAAGAUCUAUUGUAUUCAAAGAUAUUCGAAAAUUGGGUCAUAAUUAUUCUGAUCUUUUAGAUCAUUUAAGCUUAGUUCAAGGAAAUCUUGAAACAAAAUCAGAGUUUAUUCAAAUGUGUGUUUAUGAAUCCCUUCGUUUCCGUAGAAAAAAAAUGGCGAAAUGCAUUCGUGAGUGGUGGAAUUGUUAUACAAAAGCAACCAGCGAUACUGAAGGAUUCUGACUACAAACUUUAUUUUGUUCACUUGACUAAAACUUAUGGGAACCACUUUAUCAGCAAAUAAACAAAUUUUUUUUUGGAAAUAUUUUCUUAAUCAUUCGAAUUUUUAUUAGAAAAAAUAUAAAAUAAUUUACAUAUAACGUAUGUAUGUAUAUAUAAAUCUCUCGAUUACUCCUAGCGUUAAAUCCAUAUUUUUUGAAAAUGUACAUAUACAUAUUUUUUGAAAAUGUACAUAUACAUAUUUUUGUACAUAUAUGUACAUACCUAAACAUAUUUUUUUAAAUUUGUUUUAUUUUGGUUGUCAAAGUAAGUUCAACAAACAAUAAUUGAUAUAAACAAAUCAGCACUGCGAGUCGUUCUACCCUUCUUUUUUAUUUUAUUUUAUAAUCUAUAAUAAAUAUUUAAGUUUCAUUAGGAUUUCAGACAAAGCUUUGUUUAUUUUUAAAUUUGGUAGGUAGAGCAUAAGCUUAAACUAGCAGAAUAACAAAGAAAUUAUGGCUGAUUCUUUUACAUACAUACUCAUAUAUUCUUAUUUGAAUAAUUUUAUAACGAUUUACCGAACAUUAUUGAUCUCUUUCUAGGUUGGCUUCGUGUUAUCAAGUCGUCUUUUAAAGUUAAAUCACUAUCUUUGUGGCAUAUGCACAUCCAUGUCUUCUAACCAAAUGAUCACUAAGUUCUCGACACUAUUAUGUAGAUUUGUAAAACUUCUUGAACACAUUAAAUUUAUAUCCUGCUUUUAUUUAGUUUGUUUUCAUAAACAAUUCAUUAGGUAAUGCAUUAUCUGCUAUAAGUUAGAAACGUAAAAUUUUAAGGAUUAUUUUUAAAAAUGAAAAUUUAUUCGCCUAACACUUCUUAUUCAAAGUAAACAUGCUAAUUUUGCAUCAUUAGUUUUUUUAUGCAACAAGUUAUGGUUGUUCCAGUUUUCGCCUGCAAUAAAAUUUGGUAACUUUCUAAUAUGCAUGUAUUUUGUUUUGAACCUUGAUGUUUUGCUACAAAAUAGUUAUUUUCUACAAUCAAUCUAUAUUUAAGUUUUCUUUUUAAGCAAGGCUGUUCCCAUUGAUUUUCCUAGAUCUUUUGUUUUUUGUUUUCAUCCUUUAAAAUAUUUUGUUUUCAUAAAUGAAAAUUGAUUUUUUUAGAAAAAAUAUUGAUUUUUUUAGUCUUUUAACGAGUUCGAAUUGACCAAAAACGUAUAAAUUGCGUUAAAAAAUUUCUUCAGUACAAAUCCGAGCUCAGAUUCAUCACCCUAUUUUAAAUCUUCAUUUUUUCAUUUUAAUUUAGUUCUUUAGUUUUUUUGUUUGACCAAAAUAGAAAUUCGUUUCCCAACCAUUCUAAGUGCAAUUGCAAUAUUUUUUCUCAUACUUUAUGUUAAAUUUUUUGUUAGCUUCUGCUUUACGAUUCUGUGUACAUCCCAUAAUAACUCCAUUUUCGACCUCAUUAUUUAAUUUAAGAGGAGCAUUAUUUAAAUUUUCAAUGAAUUAUGCGCUUUUUCAAAAAAAUUUCUACGUUCCAUUGUUAUAUUUUUGACUUUUAUAAGCUUUCCGACAAUUACAUGUUGUUAUUUGAUAAUCCACCUUGACAUUGACAUUGCAAAAAUUGAAGGUACCAAAAUUAGUAAAUGACAGCCUUCUAUAAAAUUUUUUGCUACCAAUUUUUAACUUCAUUAUUUUUCAAAAUUUAUGCAAAAGUCCCAAUAAGUGGCAAGAUAGUUUUA